AUGGCUCAGGAUGUGGCUCUCUCCAACAAGCAGAACGCAGGGGCGUACAACGCCCACAAUCCGCCCGGAGCGCGACGGAUUCCAGCCGAGCCAGGCUUCUACACAUUGCCCGGCCAAGGAGGUUGUUACCUACUGCAGAGCCCGCCCGGUAUGGGGUUGUACAGGCUGCCGGCCAUGCCCCUCCUUUACCAAUCAAGUGCAUACGGGGCACAGAAUGACGUGGGCCUGUGCAGAAUGCAAGGCCAGGGAGACGUAUUCCGUUUCCAGAACCAGCCCACGAUGUACAGGCUGCACAGCCCCCCAGCAGUGUACAGAAUGCCCACCCUGCCCGGGCUUUACCAAAGACAGACUGUGCCGGGAAUGUACGGGGCACAGAACGAGGGUUUGUACAGGUUCCCGAGCCAGCCACUGCUCUAUCAGCCUCAGACUCACCCGCUCUACCACACUCAGAGCCAACCCAUACUCUACCAAGCUCAAACCCAACCCAUCUAUCAAGUUCAAACCCAACCCAUCUAUCAAGCUCAAACCCAACCCAUCUAUCAAGCUCAAACCCAACCCAUCUAUCAAGCUCAAACCCAACCAAUCUACCAAGCUCAGAGCCAGCCACUGCUCUAUCAGCCUCAGACUCAUCCUUUCUACCAUGCUCAAACCCAACCCAUUUAUCAGGUCCAGAACCAACCUGUCUACCAGCCUCAGAACCAGCCGGCCUUGUACCGUAUCCAGCCCCUGCCGGCCCUCUACCAUAAAGACGUGCCUGUGGGGAUGGCAGGCAGCUCGCCAGGCUACCAGAAGGACAGUCAAUCGCAGUCGUACAGCCCAGAGAACCGGCCCGAGAUCCGGCGGGAGCCCAGCCCGCCACCCACCUAUCCCCGGGAGAGAGAGCGCGAGCCAGCAGUCUUCAGGACUCAGAGUCCCUCAGGACAGCACAAGCAGCCGGCCCAGCAUAUGGCGUACCAGCCAGGCCAGCCCAAUGGCUACCGAGUGCCAGCCCAGCCCAUGGUCUACCAGCCCGGAGGCCAGGGCGACAUGUACAGUGUGGCUCCCUCGAUGGGUAUGUACAGCCCCCAGGGCUCCCAGGGAAUGUAUGAGACGCAGAGCACCCCCCAGCCUAUUUACAGCAUCCAAAACCAGCCAUUAUUUUACCGUCUUCAGAACCCGAUGACCACAUACGGGAUACCUGCCCAGCUGGGAAUGUACCAGCAUUUGAUGUACAGGAUACCGAGCCCCGAGGUAUCUACAGAGUAA